CUCGCAAAAACAGCAACACCGCUCAUGCAUGCACGCACGCACGAUUCCCUGGCCGGGAAAGAGGGUUGGCCUAGUGCUGGCUACUUUGAAGACACCUCACUGCGCUGCACUCUAGGCUAUAAAGCCGUCGCUCGUUAUCCGUCCCCGUGCCAUUCUAUUAUCGGAACCGUCCCAGUCCGGACAAUCGGUCUGUCUCGUCGCUCGUUAGUUAUUCCUCGAGGGUCGAACAGUGCUCUAACAGCAGGGUCCAGUGUGUAGUAGCUCGCAAUCUGUGUUAGCACAGGUACAGGCAGGUUGCAAUCUCUCCACACCCCGGGACCCUUCUCCGGGCCCGUUGAGCGUGACCAGCAAAUCGACACCACUUGUUCUUGUUGCUUGAUCCAGUGCAAAGAACUCCGGUGGAUUCAAAGAAGAAGAUCCAAAUCGUUUGAGCUGGUAGUGAAUUGCGGAGGAGUGACCGGGUGUGUAUACGGUGGUGCAGUUGCAGUUCAGUGUUCAGCAUUUGCCUGUUUCGCCAAAGCAGAAGCAGGAGUAGCCAUUACCUAUCAGUAACAGAGAUCAACCCAGUGCGGCACCGGCAGCGAGAUGAGCAUGAGUUCGUACACCGAGAGCAGCUCGGAGGAGGACGAUCUGUCGCCGCGCGACAAAGCGCAGCAGAACUCCAAGGGCUUCGCGGACUUUUGCGUCCGGAACAUCAAGCAGCACUCGUUCGGGCGGCACGAGAUCGAGAUCGCCGAGCAAGAGAUGCCAGGCAUCAUGGGGCUGCGCAAGCAGGCCCUUGACGACAAACCACUAAAGGGGGCCAACAUCGUCGGUUGCACGCACAUCAACGCCCAGACGGCCGUCCUGAUCGAGACGCUCAUUCAUCUGGGCGCGAACGUGAGAUGGGCGGCCUGCAACAUCUACUCCACCCAGAAUGAGGUUGCUGCAGCACUGGCCGAAAGCGGAGUACCGAUCUUUGCCUGGCGCGGCGAGAUCGAGGAGGACUUCUGGUGGUGCAUCGACAAGUGCGUGCACGCCGAGAAUUGGCAACCGAACAUGAUCCUCGACGAUGGUGGCGACGCGACGCACUUGAUGCUGAAGAAGUACCCGGUGAUGUUCAAGAUGAUCAAGGGCAUCGUAGACGAAAGCGUCACGGGUGUGCACCGUCUGUACCAGCUGUCGAAGACGAGCAAGCUGACCGUUCCUGCGAUGAACGUGAAAGACGCAAUCACCAAGACCAAGUUCGACAGCCUGUACAGUUGCAAAGAAUCGGUCAUCGACAGUCUGAAGCGUGCGACGGAUAUCAUGAUCGGUGGGAAACAGGUGGUGCUGUGCGGGUACGGUGAGGUCGGCAAGGGUUGCGCUCAAGCCCUCAAGGGACUAGGUUGCAUCGUCUACGUUACGGAAAUCGAUCCAAUAUGCGCGCUGCAGGCGUGCAUGGACGGGUUCCGCGUAGUCAAGCUGAACGAGGUGAUACGAACCGUCGAUGUGGUGAUCACCUGCACCGGCAACAAGAACGUGGUGACGCGCGAACACAUGGACAAGAUGAAAAACGGCUGCAUCGUGUGUAAUAUGGGGCACUCGAACACCGAGAUCGACGUGAACAGUCUACGCACGUCCGAACUGCAGUGGGAGAAGAUGCGCUCGCAGGUGGACCAUAUCAUCUGGCCGGGACCGGAUGGGAAGCGCAUUAUCCUGCUUGCGGAGGGCCGUCUGGUGAACCUGUCCUGUUCCAGCGUGUCGUCAUUUGUUGCCUCGAUUACUGCCGCCACCCAGGCGCUUGCCCUGAUCGAACUGUUCAAUGCUCCGCCCGGGCGCUACAAGGCCGACGUCUACUUGUUACCGAAGAAGAUGGAUGAGUAUGUGGCGAGUUUGCAUCUGCAGACGCUCGAUGCGCACCUGACAGAAUUGACCGACGAGCAGGCGCGAUACAUGGGGCUCAACAAGGCGGGUCCCUUUAAACCCAACUACUACAGGUAUUAGUAAUAGCAGCCAGCGACGAAUAUCAUCGGUAGGGGGCCGAUGCAGCCACAUGCUUGCACGAAGGUAUCCUGGACUCUAUGGUGUUGCCCGCAGAUGUCGCCGAUCGAACCCAUCUUCGACUUCCCCUACAAUGCUUUUCUUUGGUUUCGGUUGGUACGGUCUCCGACACCACCCUGAGCAACCAGUAUCGGUUGCAUAUUGAGAGCGUUAGCAAAUUAUUAGUGACGGUAGCUGAAUUUUAUUGAUCGACUAGACCGGGCCGCAUGGCAAACUGCGGCAACCUAACCGAAUGUCACAUUAUCACCGAUUCCCCCAUUUAUUUUUAUAUUAAUUUUGCUCAUGUGCAAUUUAGCACAUGUUUACCGUAUAAGGCACCGGAUGGUAAAAGAGAAAAUUCAACAGUGCAGCAUGCCGAUGGUAUGCCGGUGGUCCAGUGUCUUUAGUCUGUUAUCCUUCAUCACCUUUUCGAUUCUAGAAGAAUCAAACCAAUCUCGAGCGAUAGUUGCAACGUUAAAAUGCAUAAGCAAUUCACAAUGAAAAAAAAUCACAUUUCCAAGCUUAUUACCAGUAUUGAAAGCUUUGCAGAUUGUUUAAUCGCCAUGCUGUUUUCCGAGUUCUUAUUGAUUUAGCGGAUGAAAAGAAAACAAACAAAAACCAUCCAUUCGUAAAACGUUACACACCCCUCCUUCCAUGCAGCGUACCACUGUAAAACUAAAAAGGCAAAGCUCCUGGGGCCAAGCCCAAAACCCGCUUAGAACGGUCUCUAGCACCGAUAAGCAAGUGAGAGGCAAUGGUUCAAAGGUCACGACCCUUUACAUUCGUUUCCGUUGAGUUAAAGAAUUCGCACUCUAUUUGUUGGGGACAGCUCCGCUUACUUGAAUGUACCCGGCGGACAAAUCCCAUACAAAAAUGCCGGUUUUGUAUGGGAUUUGCCUGCCGGGUAAGAAUAUAAAUUCGCAGCACCACAGUGAACUAUUUGAACAUUAGGACGUGGUUUUUAAACUAUUCGCAAAAUCGAAUUGACAUUCAUUCAACACAUGCUCUUUAUGGACCGUACUAUUUUUUUGUCCGAUCGAACAUUAUGUAAGCAUGUAAGAGUCGUUCAUUUCCACGCGAACAUCCAGGAACAUGCUUUAAUUUCAGUAAAAUAGAUAUAUGUUUGUUGUGUACCGGGGGCUCCGUAAUAUAUUACUAAGAGUAUCAUAGGGAGUCCUCAUGGUCGGGGGAUUAAUAACUCUACCCUUUCAUUCUAUCGCUGUGUUUCUUGCGGAAUCGUCAAUUAGAAAACAAUACUGUAGUGUGUAACCAGUUUUGAGACUGGCCAUAGUAUAAUGUUGCUUCAGUAAACAAAUCAAUUAUUAACCAAACCCAGAAUAUUCCGUUACAGUUAUCUUGCUUUGCAUCAUCAUACACAACGACCAGCGAGCACUACUGCUUCUGUAGUUGGUAGGUCGGUGCGCGUGACACUGUGGAAUGGUGCGGUUUGGUUAGGCGAGAAAUGACGAAUCCUGGGCCGACGCACGGCGAUAAGUUGAGGCUGCAAGCGAAAUGAGCACAUCUGAUGAGCACGCGACACACACACACACACACACACACACACACACACACACACACUAAAAUGCCUUCGGUUCGCACACGCUACGUCUAGCAUCAGUUAACGAGCUUCAACGCAAUAGGACCGAUAAAUCCAAUAGGAACGGUGGUAGCCAAUUUGGAGAAGCCUUUCCGCGCGAAGGCGAAGGCCUUUCCACGGGAGCAGCGCAUCGGAGCAUUGUCACCUACACUAGUAGGUAUUGUAAAGUGGGCGCGUGUUUCUGCGGGCAAUUCUCCAAAGAAGCAAUGGCGCAGUUUGACGGACGAGCAAAGUAAAACGGAUGAAAAUUUAACGAUAACAUAAAGGAUAAAGGUCUACAAGAAACUGAAUCGCUCCAUCGAAUUGAACACGCAGCAGAUAGUGAAGAUAUGCAAUAUAACUAUUUUGGUACGGACAUGGCUAAAAAUUAUACAAUAACGUAACAAGUUGUAAAGAGCAGGCGCACGCGGUAAAAUAGAAAUGAAAAAGGAGGAUCACAAUGUUACAAUAAAAAAGCGUCAGCGUCAACAAUGACGACACACCACUGUUCUAGUUUCUAGGUAGCAGAAUACAAAAUGCCUUAAUAGAGGAAUAUGUCCUGUCUUACUCUU